AAGGGAAACAAAAACAAAACAAACACAAAAAAAUUCAUCAAUUAUUAACUCACAAAUGCGACAAGCUUCAUCAUUCUCUCUUCACCGCAUCGCUGCUGUGUUCGUCGACUCUCCUCCUACACUCACCUUUGCCAUGUCCUCCUUUCCUCGACCUCCGUUCAGAGAAGGCCGUGGUAGUCGAGGUCGCCGGAGUUUCUCUAAUCGCACACCGUCUAUUUCCGGAGACUCACAUUUUCAAUCUUUAUAUGAUGCACAUUCAAAUUUUCGAAGAAAUAACGAUUUUCGCCCGAUUAUUAAUAAUUGUCAGAGUUUGAAUUCUUCGUCAAAUAGUGAUGCUGGUGGUAAUUACAGUUAUAGAGGAAGAAAUUCGCGGUUUAAUCAAAGGACUAAUCAAUUGCCGGGAGUUAAGUUUCAGCGGCCGAAACCUGCAGAUUAUAGGACUUGGGAGUUUGCGAAAGUGCCUCCUCCUAAUGCUGAGCGGUUUGUUGUUCUCUCUUAUAACAUACUUGCAGAUUACCUUGCUAACAACCAUCGAAAACUAUACUUUCACAUUCCGCGCCGAUUUAUGAGUUGGGAGUGGCGGAAGGGCAACAUACUUUUUGAGCUACGGUUGUGGUCGCCCGACAUAAUCUGCUUUCAGGAAGUUGACAGAUUUCAUGAUUUGGAAGAGGACUUGAGGGUUCGUGGAUACAGCGGCAUAUGGAAGAUGCGAACUGGUGAUCCAAUUGAUGGGUGUGCUAUCUUUUGGCGAACAACAAGGUUUAAGCUGAUGUAUGAAGAGUGUAUUGAGUUCAACAAACAUGGAAUGCGGGAUAACGUUGCUCAAAUUUGUGUUCUAGAGUCAUUACUUCCAAAUCAUAAAAGAGACCGGUUGGCUUCAUCACUAAGCUCAGAAGGCUCUAAUAGAGUUGUCAUCUGCAACAUUCAUGUGCUUUACAAUCCAAGAAGAGGAGAAAUCAAGCUAGGCCAGGUCAGGAUACUUCUUGAAAAGGCUCAAGCUGUAUCGAAGAUGUGGGAGGAUGCGCCAGUGGUCCUAUGUGGUGAUUUUAAUUGCACUCCAAAGAGUCCACUGUACAACUUCAUAUCUGAGCAGAAGCUAGAUAUAUCUGAAGUAGACAGAGACAAGGUAUCUGGACAAGCGUCUGCUGAGAUUCAACCUCCACCCAGACAAUAUGGCCCUCAAUUUAGGGAACAGCCAACUCGCAAUAUGGCCAUUCCCACAACAGUACAAUAUAAUAAUAUUGAUACGAGCCAGCACCAUUUACUUGAAAAUGAGAAUGAGGGACAAAGCAUUAUUGAGAAUAACCAAACUCCAGUUAGCCUGGAAAACUCUUCUGUUGUUUCUAUGCUAAGUGUGCCAGUGACAUCUUUUAAGGAGAAUAGAGGGCUAAAUGAAUUGAGUGAUAAUUUGAACAGUCAGGGUCAUCUUGCUGAAUUGAAUAAAGAUGAGAAUCCAUCAGCCAAAGUUGCUGAAACCAAUGAGACAUUAAGAGGUCCUGAAAAUGCGAUUAGCUCCUCUUUGACGCUCAAGGAGAAAAUGAAAGGAAUUUUAACAACUGAAGACAGUAGCACCCACAAUGGUGAUAGAUUGUCUUCUGUUAGACAUGACUUUGGCAGGAAUAAUGUGGAAAAGGAUGGUAAUAACUCAAACUUGUCUCAUUUAGACAACAUCCAAACACAUUCGUCAGAAUCGGAUGAAGAAAACAUGCUAGAUGUAAAAAUGACUGGGCUUUCACUCAAUGUGAUUGAUGAAUCUUCAGAAGAUGAAGGAGAUUUAGGUGAAGAUGCUGAGGACUGCUUGUCUGAGAUAAGCAAUUGUAGGGAUGCCUUUCCUCCAAAUCUGGGUGAUGUGGUUCCUGAACAUGAGACCGUUGAUGUGGACAAACCUUAUGAUCCAUCUCUUUGGACACCGUUGGAGAUAACUACUGCCACAGGAAAUGUUGAUAGUACUGUUCUUGAGCACCCUUUAAAGCUUAAGAGCACUUACACAGAAGUGGUGGGCUCUACUGGGACGAGAGAUUCAAAUGGAGAGCCAUUGGUGACUAGUUAUAACACUUGUUUCAUGGGAACUGUUGAUUACAUAUGGCGAUCUGAAGGUCUUUGUACCGCUAAAGUUCUUGCUCCAAUUUCAAAAUUAGCUAUGCAACCUAGUGGGGGAUUCCCAACAAAGAAAUGGGGAAGUGAUCAUAUUGCGUUGGCUUCUGAAUUGGUUUUCAUCAAGAAGUGAUAAUGUUAAGGUGGAGUAGCCGACAUCUUGGCUCUAUGAACAUAAUUUAGCGAGAAUGUUGAGGUUGUGUACCUGAUAUCUUGGUACUUCCACUAAGUUGUUCCCUUCCCGAAGGAGGUUCAUAAACACACGUAGCUUUCAGCCAAUGACAUAUUUGAUGUGACAGUGAGCCUCCAUAAUCGGCCUAAAAAUAGUGAUUGCGAUUGGCUGGGAAUUCAGGAACAUGGAAAUAAAGCUGAUAUUAUCAUAAUUCAAGGAAUAUAUAGAUUUGGAUAUUUAUAGCAUCAGUUAUCAAUCAUAAACGAUAAGAUUAUGUACAUUCGACUCUUAAAUACGCUUAGGUGAAAGCCACUUGUGGCUUAGGUUUAAUGUAUUGUUUAUUUUCAAUCAAGUUUUGCACAUUAAUGACAACUUUUAUUCAUUUUGCAAAUUCUAAGUUUCCAUUAAAGAUUGUAUCAACAUUGGAAUUUUCUCAAUAAGAGCUCUUUUACGAAGAGUGUACAUUAAAGAUUGUCUCGACUUGUCUUUUAAAAAUUAAUUUUCGGAUUUCCACCACUUUUCUUUGCUCAUUAAUACCAAUAAUUGUGAGAGCUUUGUGACUCCUUCCAUUUGUAUUUUUGGUUCUAGGAAAGGAUGGAAAUUGGCUUAUAGAUGUAUAAGAUCAGCCGUUGAAUUAAUGGUUAAAGUCCCAACUCCUAUUGUUUUUGUUUCAAUUGGUUCUUUUCCCUUGAAUUUUAUACAGCCAGUUUCAACCAUCUUCUAUUCUAGGAAUGCGAUUUACCAAUAAUAUAUAUAAAUAUAAAUAAUUCUCCCUAAAAAACAUGUAAAAUGUCUACAGAAUGCCUUUUCCAUUCUAAAUCAUCUGCCAAAUAUUACACUCCUUUUACAGUACUAGUGCAAUAAACAGUAAUCUUCCUCAACACAUGUAACCACAUCUGAUGAGGUAAUUUUAAUGUAUAGAUUCCCAAGUUCCCUAGAGUCCCUAUAAGUCAUUCUACAGGAACCUGUCCAAGAUAGUAGUGUGGAGUGGGUCGCUCAAAUGGGUUGCCCAGUUGUCGAGUGGGCCUUUACCGGUUACAGCAGCUUGAACAGCAAAGCCAAGGAAGCCAACCAUUGCUAAUCUAGCAUGCUUGAUCUCAGCUAACUGAAGGGUUGAUUUCUUUUCUGGGUCAGAUGCUAAACCCAACGGGUCAAAGCUUCCACCUGGGUAAAGUCUCUUUUCUGGGUCAAGCUCUGCAUUCCUCUGGAACUCAAUGAACCCAAUCACCAAUACUUCAAUCCAGAUCAAUGUGGUCAUUGAGAACGGAAGUGGUUGACCAAGGUAGGAUGAUCCUUCAAUGAGCUCCACCUACAAAACAACAAACACUAAAUGUCAAAGAGCUAAUCCUGUGAGAGAUUGUCUUUUGGUGAGACGAUUUGCCAUUUAACCCAUGUAUGAGGUGCAUCUCUUGGUGAUACCGUCUUAUACAACAAUUUGUUAUUGCUAAACGAAUUUAAUUUUUAAAUUUCACCGGUGCUAGUAGAAAAGUUAAAGCCCAUACCAAAACCAAUUUAAUUUGUAUAAACCCAAUAGCAAAAAUUGUUGUAUUAACAAAAGAUCACAGCUUAAGCUUACCUUGCCAGCAUCUUGCCAUGUAACACCAGUGAGCCACUCAACAGUUAGAGCACCAAGAGUAGCCAACAUAGCCCAUCUUCCAUGGAUAAGCUCACACUCCCUAAACCUUUGAAGCCCAAAAACUUCACUGUAUGGCUGCAAUGAUGUCGCCUUAACGUCAUCCGACUCAGUCCUGGUUCCAAUAAUGUCACCAGCCACAUUCUUGGCCAAGUUCUGAUCCAAUCCAUCAUAGUCAAAUUGUAAGUACUCUGCUGGUUUC